GAUUUUGAUGCGGGUCUCACUUUGAGAAAGCGUUAGGUGGCAACAUGGCGUCAUAUUGGUAUAUAGUGGUGUUGGUGGUCAUAUCUGCUGUGUCCACACCAGCGAGUGGCACUGCGGAGGUCAUGAGCCAUGUUACCGCGCAUUUCGGUAAGGCUUUAGAGGAGUGUCGGGAAGAGUCAGGCCUCUCCUCCGAGAUCCUGGAGCAGUUCCAACACUUCUGGAGCGAGGAGUUCGAGGUGGUGCACCGCGAGCUGGGCUGCGCGCUCAUCUGCAUGUCCAACAAGUUUGCGCUCAUGCACGACGACGCCAGGAUGCACCAUGUGAACAUGCAUGACUAUGUGAAGAGCUUUCCUGGUGGCGAACUUCUAUCAGAGAAGAUGGUAGAGCUGAUCCACAACUGCGAGAAACAGUACGAUGACAUUGAAGACGACUGCAGCCGCGUGGUGAAGGUCGCUGCGUGCUUCAAAACUAACUGCAAGAAGGAGGGCAUCGCGCCAGAGGUCACUAUGAUCGAAGCUGUGCUUGAAAAAGAAAUGAAUAAAAUUGUUCCAUUUUUAGCAAUAUUUCUGAUUGCAAUUAGUGUAAACGAAAUAUAUUCAAAUGAAACUAUGAGAGGUAUUACAACAAGUUUUUUGAGAGUCUUGGAUGAAUGUAAACAUGAGCUGAAUUUAGGUGACAAUGUGCUAGGCGACUUGUACCACUUCUGGAAGCAAGAUCACGCUCUGCUUCACAGAGACACCGGCUGUGCCAUCGUGUGUAUGAGCAAGAAGUUGAACCUGCUCGACUCUAGUGGGAAGCUCCACCAUGGCAACGCGCAGGAGUUUGCUCUUAACCAUGGGGCUGCUAACGAAAUGGCAUCCAAACUAGUGGCCACAGUGCACGAGUGUGAACAAAAGGUGGACGCGGAAGAGGACCCGUGUCUCCGAGCCCUCGAGACGGCCAAGUGCUUCAAGGACGCCAUGCAUGAGAUCAACUGGGCCCCUAAAAUGGACGUCAUCAUCACAGAAGUACUUACUGAGAUAUAACUCACCAAAUUGUUAUAGACCAAAUAACGAUA